AUGGGCUGUGCCGCCAGCAAUGCACCGGGUCCGGACCAUGUCCAGGCCACGAUGGAUGCAUCAUCAGGACCCACGGACUCACAUCCCCAUAUAGUCAUUCAGCGCCCGGAUGACAGCGAGUUGUAUCGCAUUUCUCAAACCGGCACAGUCAAAGAUGGUCCACGACCUUAUUUGGUCAUGUGCACGGUGCACUGGGUGGUAUUCAAAUCGGAAGCCCAGCUGAAAGCUUUUCUCCGUGCCCAGGAGGAAUGGCAUAAGGAAAUUGUCUGUUCCGUGGAUGCGAAGGAUACGGCACCUGAUGGCACACCAGAUGCACUGACCAAAAAGCGUGAUCUGGUGAUUCCACAAAAUGUGCUUCUGGUCCGUCCGGUACGUGUUGUCGAUUCCGAGUCCACCUCGAAAUUAAGUUCCAUUUUCCCGUGGCUGCUGGAUUUAGUUGCGGCUAAAUUCGGAACUGUACGGGGAUCCAUUCAGUUGCAUGGAAUUAUCUGA